AUGGCAGAAGGUGCCCUCCCAGCCUGUCCCAUCAUUGAGGAUGUCGUCGGGUUUCAGCCUGAAGGGCAGGUCUUGACUGCAAAGGCUGUGACAGCUGGAUUUCCAUGCCAGGAUAUCAGCCAAGCUGGCAAUCAAGCAGGUUUGCACGGACAUCGAUCAUCCCUCAUAAAAGAAGCCUUCAAGACAUACGACUGCCUGCCAAAUGCGUACAUGAUGCUGCUCGAGAAUGUCUCAGCAUUGCUGGGGAUGAAUAAGGAAUGCCGCAAAGUGCUGAACUACAUUUUGCAGGCAGCCAAAAAAAGGGACUUGGCCGUCUUUUGGACUACAAAUCAGCUUACCAAUGUUGGACUUCCAGCUUCCCGACGUCGUGUGUUCCUGCUCCUUUGCAAGAAUGACUUCACCUUGCAGCAGGCUCCACCGAUCGACCAUUUCGCCAACCUGCCAUGGAAUGCGGGCAACACCACCCCCAUGCACAAAUGGCUGGUGCGUGACAAUGAGAAACGGGACGACCACAAAUCCCGAAUGAAUAGUUUGGGCAAUGUAGUUGUGCCACAACAGGCAUUUCUGGCCUUGUCUGUUUUGGCGCGAAUGACCCAAGGUGAGUUUUUUGUGUAAACUCAUCGGAAUUUCUUUUGAAAAUUCAGAAAACCGGCAGCACAAGCAGUG